AUGUCGGAACAUCACCGCGUCGCCGCGGGAGCGGCUGGUGGCUGGGGUACGUCGAGCCCUGGGAAUCGUGAGGACAAUGGUGGUACUGGAAAUGCUGGUGGUGGAGCAAAUAAUUGGUGGCCAGGGAUAAAUGCCGAGCAGCAGCAACAAUUGCAACAACAGGCUGCCGCUGUGGUACAGCAACAGACAUUACACCAGCACUUGAUGAACCAGCAGGCUGCCGCUGCUGCUGCACAACAGUUGAAUCAGCAUCAUCAGGAUAUCGUAAGGAGCACCGCUGCUGGAACUCAGCACUUGUUUUCAUAUAAAACAAUGGCUGCUAGUUUCCAAAAUCCAGCUACUGGCGGACAAUCAAACAGUACGGUAUCGACAACAUCAUCAAAUAGUGGUGGUGCUAGUGGUAAUCCUAAUAAUUCUAGUGGUGGUGCUAAUUGUAUGAGAGGAUACGAUUAUCGUAUGACUGGACAAACUGGUGGUGCUGGUAGCAAUACAUCCGCUGGUGGUGCUAAUACUAAUAAUAGUAAUAAUCAAGGUAAUACUCCUACUGGUAAUACCAAUACACAAACAAACCCACCAGCUGGUAGUGUACAAUGGUGGUAUUCCAGUGGUGCUGUUAUGGACGCUAAUAAUGUUCAACAACAGAUGCAAGGACAGCAUAUAUCUUCAAAUCAAAUUCCCGCGCAUCAAAUACAGCAGCUGCCAGGUCAAAAUAAUUUACAACAAAAUAACGCGCAAAUAACUAAAAUGCCGCGUGGAAAAACGGAUUCUAAACCCAGGGGGCGAAUGACUGCUUAUGCAUUUUUUGUUCAAACAUGCCGUCAGGAGCACAAGAAAAAACAUCCUGAAGAAACUAUUGUUUUCCAAGAGUUUUCGAAAAAAUGCGCCGAUAGGUGGAAGAUAAUGUCUGACAAAGAAAAGAAACGUUUCCAAGAAAUGGCUGAAAAAGAUAAAAAGAGAUACGACGCGGAAAUGCAAAACUACACACCACCCAAAGGUGAAAACAUUAAGGGAAGAGGAAAGAAACGCAAGCACCUUAAAGAUCCUAACGCACCCAAAAGAUCAUUGUCUGCAUUCUUUUGGUUCUGCCACGAUGAACGUGGAAAUGUAAAAAUGCGCAAUCCAGAGUACGGUGUUGGUGAUAUCGCUAAGGAAUUGGGUAAAAAGUGGUCUGACGCAGAUCCUGAAACCAAAUCUAAGUACGAAGCUAUGGCCGAGAAAGACAAAGCUCGAUACGAAAGGGAAAUGACUGCGUACAAAAAGAAAAUGAAGGAUGGUCCUGAUGUUAUGAUGGGGGCACCUGCAAAUGCGAUGAUUAAACACGAGAGUGAGGAGGACAUGGAAGAGGAUGAUGCCGAGGAUGAUGAUGAAUAG